AGAUGGAUUUUUAAAGGUAGACGGUUUAGCAGCACCAUGGAAACCGAAUGAAUUGCACAGCUCCUGGACGACAUAUCAAAGUAUUUGGUAAAGCUAUACUAUGUCUCGCGAAGGUUGGAGAGGAGAUAUACUUUGAGGGUGAAGCUAGUGGGCUCGCUGUACGUACAGUUAAUCUAUCCCGCUCUGCCUAUGGAUCCUUUCUUUUUCAAACUUCCUUUUUCUCAAAAUUCUCCCUCCAAAGCCAAAAUUCGGGUGAACUUCGCUGCAAAGUCUCAGCAAGGUCGUGCCUGUCCAUUUUCAAGAACUUGGCUUCUCUGGAGAAAUCGGUGGACACUUUUACCAUAGAAUUAAAGUUCGUGGAAGGAGAACUUGUCUUCAGUCUCAAUCACAGACACGGAAUAAAGAAGCAGUUCAACUUAACGUUCCAGGAAUGCGAGGGACUCAGUGCUAUCUUCAAUAAAAACUCUUCUGUCAUUCACAUCGUCUCAGACCAAAAGUUUCUAGGAGACUGCGUCGUACAUUUCCCUACUAAUGUGGCGGAGAUAACCCUAAACGCUAAACAUGACCACACGAUGCUCAGUAACUAUGUAGAGGAGGAGAGUCAGUACGGCAAGGUGCUGCAGACUGAAAUGCGGUUAGCUAGCACUGAGUUCUCCUGCUACGAUGUAUCAGUAGACAGAGAGAUUACCUUUUGUUUGAAGGAGUGGAGAGCUAUUCUUCAGUUCCAAGACUCUGUUGCUCAGCAACUACAUUUAUACUUCGAUGAUCCUGGCAGGUAA